AGAGGAUACCAGGGACCCCAGAUGACUUAGUUCUGAGCGGCUCCAGACAGCAGGAAAGGCCCGGAGGGUGGGGUCCCCGGAAGGGGGGCGGAUCAGAGUCCAGGAGAAGAGCCUAACUCAUGAGGCGAGAUCGCUCCGUGUUGAGCUCCGGGAUUUGGUGAAUGGAUGGAGCUUUGCCACACUGAAGCCGUGUAAACACAAACCCUUGCCCGCUGGUUUGGAAGGUUGCAUUGGUGCUGAGGUGGGGGAAGGAUACCAGCUUCCCGCAGCGCUACACUGAUCCAACACAGAAUGUCAGGAACCCCCUUCCCACCUGUGCCUUGAGGCUGGAUGCCCAGAAAUGCACCAGGCGUGGCUGAGAGCUUGGCUCCAGUGGACUCCCUGGACCUUACUGGUCCUUGCCUUGCAAGAUAGGUCCCGCCCUGACCACAGCUGCCCCUCAGGAGACUGGCCUGGAGCUACGGACGGGCCACUGGGCUGCUUGUCAAGGGUGGGGCAGCGGCGACUUGCCACCUCGCCUCGUCAGCCCGGCCCGGGGCUCCACCUGGCACUCAGCGCGCCCACGGCUCUUACUACGGAGAGAGCUGCAGGAGGAGCCCCGGUGUGGCAGGACCCCGGAGACCGGGAUCCAGAAGAAACCGCAGGAGAGACCAGUCAAGGUUCUGAAAAGACUCGAAGAAAUUGACAGAUCUGGAUGGCCACCCGCGACAGGAGAGUGGUCUCCAGACCCCGGGGGCCUGGCUGGGGGCACCAGGGGAGCGGGGACUUCCUGGGCUCCCUGGACGACCUGCCGUGUGAGGGGACCCAGGAGCUGGCACUGGCACAGCUGACCAUGCUGAGGAAGGCACAGGAGUUCUUCCAGACCUGUGAUGCCGAGGGCAAGGGCUUCAUCGCCAGGAGGGAUAUGCAGGGGCUCCAUAAGGAGCUGCCCCUCAGCCUGGAGGACCUGGAGGAUGUGUUUGAUGCCCUGGAUGCUGACGGCAAUGGCUUUCUGACCCCAGCGGAGUUCACCGCUGGAUUUAGUCACUUCUUCUUCAGCCAGAAUAAGGCAAGUCAGGAAGAUACUGGUGAGCACCCGGCCCAGCUCCAGGAAGAGAAGGUGUAUCAGACCAGAGGGGAUGAGGAGCUGAGUGACAUGGACAAAGAUGAGGAAGCCCAGUUCCAGACGCUGAUGGACAGGCUUGGAGCCCAAAAGGUUUUGGAAGAUGAAAAUGACGUCAAGCAACUCUGGCUGCAGCUGAAGAAGGAUGAGCCUCACUUACUGUCCAACUUUGAGGAUUUCCUGACCAGAAUCUUCUCGCAGCUCCUAGAAGCCCACGAGGAGAAGGACGAGCUGGAGUGCGCCCUGAAAAAGAAAAUUGCUGCCUACGAUGAAGAAAUCCAGCACCUCUAUGAGGAGAUGGAACAGCAAAUCAAAAGUGAGAGAGAGCAGUUUCUCCUGAAAGACACGAAGAGGCUCCAGGUCUGCAGUCAGGAGCUGGAACAGAGGCUGUUCUCCAAGGAGCAGGAGCUGGAGCAGCUCAUUCAGAAGCAGAGGCGGCUGGAAGGCCAGUGCACCGCCCUGCACGACGACAAGCACGAAACCAAGGCUGAGAACACCAAGCUGAAGCUCACCAACCAGGAGCUGGCCCGGGAGUUGGAGCGGACGUCCUGGGAGCUGCAGGACGCCCAGCAGCAGCUGGAAAGCCUCCAGCAAGAGGCCCGAAAACUUCACCAGGAGAAGGAGAUGGAAGUGUACCGCGUCACGGAGAGUCUGCAGCGGGAGAAGUCAGGGCUCCUGAAACAGCUGGAUUUCCUAAGGGAAAGGAACAAGCAUCUUCGGGAUGAACGGGACAUAUGUUUUCAGAAAGACAAGGCAACCAAGGCAAACACAGCUGCUUCCAAGGCGAGCCAGAAGCAGCGAUCUGGCUCUGUGAUCGGCCAGUACGUGGAUGGCAGAGGGGUGCGCAGAAGCCAGUCAGAGGAGGAAGAAGAAGUGUUUGGCAUCCUGAGGAGGAGAAGCUCCCUGGGCCUGAGUGGGUACCCGCUUACAGAAGAGGGGCCAGGGACCGGGGGUCUGGGCCCCCGGCCGCUCCGCAGAAUCAUCUCCAUUGAAGAGGACCCGCUGCCCCAGCUGCUGGGGGGCGGCUUUGAGCAGCCACUGGGCAAAUGCCCGGAAGAAGGGGAGGCCUCCGACCAGGGAGUGGAGGGACAAAUCGGGCCGUCCCGACCUCUGGGACUCACGCCUGCGUCUCCCCGAGGGCAGCCCGUCGGAAAAGAAACCCUGUCUAAGGAGGAAGGUUCUGUGUCCACCCCAGACCGGCUCUUCAAGAUCGUGUUUGUGGGCAAUUCCUCCGUGGGGAAGACGUCCUUCCUGAGCCGGUUCUGCGACGGCAGUUUCUCCCCGGGUUCAGCGGCCACCGUGGGCAUCGAUUACCGCGUGAAGACCGUGAGCGUGGACGGCUCGCGGGUGGCCCUGCAGCUGUGGGACACGGCGGGGCAGGAGAGGUAUCGCUGCAUCACCCGGCAGUUCUUCCGCAAGGCCGACGGCGUCGUCGUCAUGUACGAUCUCACAGCCAGACAGUCCUUCGUGGCCGUGCGGCCGUGGCUGAGCAGCGUGGAGGAAGCUGUGGGAGACCGCAUUCCCCUUCUUCUGCUGGGCAACAAAGUUGACAACGAGAAAGAGCGGGAAGUGCCGCGGGGCCUGGGAGAGCAGCUGGCCAAGAAGCACAACCUGAUCUUCUACGAAUGCAGUGCCUAUUCCGGUCACAACACCCAAGAGUCCGUGCUCCAUCUGGCCAGGAUCCUCAAGGAACAAGAAGACACAGUGAGGGACGACACCAUUCAGAUUGACCGCCCCGCCAAGAAGAAAGCCUGCUGCGGCUGAUACAGGCCCCCUAGGACUCCCACCCAGGCCUGAGGCCACGGGGCCUACCCUGCCUCCUGCACAGAUGCCCUCACCAAGGCCCACCCAGACCUUUAUCCUUGUCAGCGAUGUCCCCCACCCCAAAGGAAGGAAAACACAGCCCGUCAGGAAAGCUGUUCUUGGAGCAUCUUGGGGUCUUUCUCCCCCUUCUCUGUCUAGACCCAGUUGCCUAUUCCUUUCUUUUUUCUCCCCCCAGCUUGGUUUCCUGGGGAAACAACAGAUGAGCUUUUCCAGAAAAGCCA